CGGUUUAAUCAACCUUGUAAUAUUCAUUAUGAUCGCUGUUGUGGUCGUCUGCUGUUUACGCAGUUGUUAUUUCAGAAAAAGAUCAAAAGCAAUGGAUAGAGUUGAAGUGAGGGAGCCCACAAGACACGAGGCGGCGAGUCUGCACCAUGAUGAACAAAUUGAUGACAUCAGAUCACUGCGAAGUGAAUCGGCGAGUUCGGAUCACUACGAUUACAUUGAUGAUAACGACUUGCACAGCAUUUCUGACUCCACCGCCGAAAACAUUCGCAGAUCUCCAUCAGCACAGUAUCUACAUCCCCUGAUAGAGCGGGAUGAUUUUAACAUCUUGGUUGAUCAAAAUUAAGAAUAUUCGCUUGAUAUUCACAGAGUUUACUCGUCAGCUUGUUUACAUCCUGUUCUAGAACAGUGCGAUCAUAUUGAUAAUGUCAGUAUAUGCAAUCACGCUGAAGACUUUCCAAAUGGGAAUCAUUGCUUUCAGUCAACAGUUUAACUAUAUCUUCAUAUAUAGUGAAAAACACGACAGUCCAUGGUUCCAGCGUAGCUACAUUAUUUUAUAGCUCUAGCAUAAUGAGAAUGAAUGAAGUUUGUUUUGUUUAACGACACCACUAAAGCACAUUGAUUUAUUAAUCAUCGGCUAUUGGAUGUCGAACAUUUGGUAAUUCUGACUCGUAGUCAU